CGCCAUUCAUCCAUGAGGUGGUUUGGAUGUUAGACCCAGCAGUGGCUCUCUUGCUCUCUUUAAGUCGCAGGAAGGCAGCCCGUGAAAUUGCACUAUCUACCCGCAACCUCUGGGCAAGGCCGGCCCGUAGCGGGCCAGGCCCAGGGCAAGGUUAGCGAGCGGGCAGACUUCAAGCCAUUGGCGUCAUGCGCCUGGAACCUUUGCCGCUCCCUGUCGCGUAUUUAUGGCCUUUCCCGAAGUCGUCCCAAGGCUAGGCGCCCUGGCCGGUCCCAUUGUCGGCAGCCGCUACCUGUAGCCUUGGCUGUUUUGGACUUUAGGGUCUGCGACGGGCGAUUUACGGAGAGAUGAUUCCGCCCAGAGAGAAACAACGUUUGGAUUUCUCCAACUCUCGUCGUAUCCUAUCGUACGAAGUCCUCUCUCUGGGCUCCGGCGCGCGUGGUCAGGUGCCACAUCAAUGGAAAUGGAAAGGAACAGCGCCAUCCUGCAGGUCCGCUGCCGACGGGCUGCAGGAUGCGUGGGGACCUGCAGGUGUCAGGGACCAGACCCAACGUUAUUAGCUCCCCGCCUUUUUCCAUAAAUUAAAUAUCACGAGCAAACUGCAGCUAUUGGGUAGAGCUUCCCAACCUGUCACCUGGAGGUGAGAUUAUAGAUAAGCCCGGCCCGUCGAAAAGGAG